AUGCAGCUGAUAAAACCUUUCAUACACAUUAUAUUGUUUCUUCUCUCGGCUACAAUCGUUGAAUUGACUUCUUCUAAAAUUUGGUUUCAAGGAUUUGUUAAAAAUGUUGCUUCUAAAUUUCAUAAAAAUUGGCGUCAACAUUUUUUCAGUGAAGAAAAUCCAUUUAUUAAAAAUUGUUUUAAAUUAACGAACAAUGGAACUCAUUAUAAUUCCUCUGAUUUUAUUUAUCCAAUGAUUCUUGGUGUUGGCUCAUGUCUUGUUCAUCGAAGUCUUAAAGUAGCACAUGCAUGUUACAACUCUUCAAUAGCUUACGUUGAUCUGUUAAAUAUGGAUUAUGAUGAAUUACCUGGCGAUUGGUCGUAUGAAAAUCGAGCUACAGCAUAA